CCUGUUCCAUAUCAAAAGCCAUGGCAGUAAGACUGUUAUUUAUGAUUUGUUUGUUGAAAUUUGUAAUUGGGAAACAAGAAGGUUUCAUAGUCGGUGGUGAAUAUGUUAACUCUAUUAAAGAUUUCGCUCAUGUUGCUUAUUUAGAGUUAUAUGGAAAAAAAUCAGAAGUAAUGGUAUGUGGGUCAUCGAUAUUGAACCAAAAGAUUUUGAUAACUGCUGCCCACUGUCUUGUAAUCGCAGUGAACAUUACAGUAUACGCGGGAACGUUAGAUAAGUACAAGGGAAAUAUACAUCGCGUUGACCGCAUUAAAUUGCAUGAACAGUAUGAUGACGAAACUUUAGCUAAUGAUAUAGGCUUAGUUAGAUUGAAGAAACCUUUGUCACUCGGAAAGACCAUGAAGAAAGUGAUAAUAAUGAAGAAACCGCCAAAAGUAAAAAUGGCGGAAGUGGCUGGUUGGGGCUUCAUAAGCGACAAUACGAGAGAAAUACUUAAGUACACAGCACAAAAGUUGUGGAACCAUAAAAAGUGUAAAAAAUUUAUAUUCCCCGAGGUUCCCGACUCCAAUGGCAAGAUUUGCGGUGGUGAGAUGAAAGGCCAAGAAGAUUACGCUUCCACUGGUGAUUCCGGCAAUGGUCUCAUGGUUAACAAAAAUAUAAUUAUUGGGAUAGUAUGCUGCGCUGUCAGCAAAUCGCAAACUUUGAUGGUCUACACGGACGUACCAUACUACUACAAGUGGAUUAAGGUCGCAUCGAGAAAAUUAGCAUGCUCUUAAUAAAGAAGAAGAAAAGUACCUAUGCCUAUGAUACCUACUACUUGUAUUAUUAAAGGAAAUAAAGUAAAACAUGCUAUCAAACCU